CAACAGACAGCUCGAGCUCUAUAACUUCAUCUCACUGGUGCUCGUGCUGGUUGGUUUUUUUCAGUGCUUACCUUUGUUUGCGCGAGCUCGUCGAGUUUCCCUCCCAAACAGGUUGGACCAGACACACCUGCGCGGAGAAGAAGGAAGCCUUGUACAGCCUACCUGGGACGCCAUUAUUCACUCCAUCUUUGACCUCUGUGUACGACGGACGGUAGAAAGCCGACGAGGGAGACUUUUCCAGAAAUUCCCUUCAAGUUUCAGCGAUUUAAUCAUGAACAUUUGGAUUGCUCUCGUUCUCGUCGCCUGCGCUGCGGCAGCCUCAGCUCAAAGCUGCCAAUGUGGCACCAUGAAAUGGGCAGCCUGUGACGGGACACCAUGUGUGUGUACCCUUCUUUUCGGUGAAAACGUGAAACAACCCCUGGACUGCAACAAAUUGGUCCCUAAGUGCUUCUUGAUGAAGGCGGAGAUGUACAGAGCUAAGAAGGGCCUGUCCACCCGUACAGGAGGAAAGCCAGUGGAGACGGCCUUUGUGGACAACGACGGCAUCUAUGACCCGGAGUGUGAAAGCGACGGCAAAUUCAAAGCCAAGCAGUGCAACAACACCGAGGAGUGCUGGUGUGUCAACAGUGCCGGUGUUCGUCGAACUGACAAGGGAGACAAGAACAUCAAGUGUGACAAGCUGGUGGAGACCCACUGGGUUCGUCUUCAGCUGACUCACAAACCUGUGACCACUAAAUUGGAUACCGCCAAUUUGAAGGUUGCAAUUGCAAAUGCCAUUCAUCAACGUUAUGGCAACUUUAAUAAGAGCAUGGUGGACAAUGUCGAGUAUGAUCCUGAGGCUCGUAGGAUUGUGGUGGAUGUGAAGAAGGCGAUAGGAAACCGCCAACAUGACCUGGCCAACAUGGCUUACUACAUGGAGAAGGAUGUGAAGGUGCUGCCUCUGUUCAACAACCAGGAGAAGUUCAUGCCACAGGUGGGCAGCCAGAAUGUAGAGAUGGAGAACAUCCUGGUGUACUACGUGGACGAGGAGGCCCCAACGUUCACCAUGAAGCACCUGACCGGUGGGAUCAUCGCUGUCAUCGUGGUGGUGAUCCUGGCUGUGGUUGCCGGCCUGUUGGUCCUGUUCUUCGCCAAAAAGCGACAGGAUCGGAAGUACAAACAAGCCCAGACAAGCGAGAUGGCGACCAUGUCUUAAAUGAACAUCUGCAUCGCAGCAGGAGUGUAUGAAGAGGAAUCUUGUACAAUACAUUUUUGGAGUAACUUUUCUGCAGUGGGAUUGUGCCAUUUUUAUUUGAGGAAUACAGAUUGUAAAGGAGCAAUGAACUUGGUUUAUGUUGGCACUACUGGUACCGCCAUUAUUUAUAAAUUGGAAAGUCUAAA